AGUCAGAGUCGAUAUAUUGUACUCAUAUAUUUGUACAAAGCAGUGUAAAUGAUAUAGUGCAGCAUGACGUUUCGGCGUGGACUACAACUACUAAAAUGCCAGUCGGUGCAUUAAUCUGAAACUUCCGGGUUAUAUGUACUUGAGUUCCCCGCCUUUUGAUUAAGCAGCAGUGUCCUCAGGACGUCGCCUUCACAAUAAUACCACUGACGGUUUCUAAUUUGACGCGUUAUAUCGUAUUUCUGAGACUUUUCCCGAACAUGUAGCUAACUCUUCCCCACUACGCGCUUUUUAUCAACCAAUAAACAACCAUGUUGUUACCUUCCGACGUCGCUCGGCUUGUUUUGGGGUAUCUUCAAGAAGAGGGAUUGUCCGCCACAACCCAAGCUUUCAUUCAUGAGAGCCCAAACCUGAAAGAGUAUGCUGACCACACCACAGGAGAUGGGACUAUUCCUGCUUGUGUGUUUUCUGUCUUUGGGAAAGGCUUAACAACCAUCUUAAAUGAGUAUGUGGCUACUAAAACGAAAGAGUCUUGUCCUGAGGUACCAGCUGUGAUGACUUCAUUAUGGAAAAAGUUGGAUUUUACACUCAACCAGAUCAAGUCAUUGCAGAACUCCCCUGCUAUAUCAGCCUGCCAACGAACGCGCUCACGCGUUGGAGUUGCAAACAUGGCUAGACAGCGGGUCUUGACCGUGGCAUCGGCCAGUGCUGUCAUCUGCUCGACGGUUUCUGAAACAAGCUCCAUCAUCAGCCCUGCACACACCUCUCACAGCAUGCUCAGCCACUCCACGCCCGUGAGCUACACAGCCCCGCACACCCGACCAACUGUGGGCGGUGGCACAAACCAGCAAAUCCAAGAUGUCAGACUUAAUACUCCCAGGGAUUCACCUGUACAGAUGAUUGCUUCAGAACACAGGCUAAAUCCAAGCCCAAUGUCUCCUGGACGACGGAAAUGGGACACCCCUAGGAAGAGAGGUGGUGCUGUGAGUGGGUCCAGUGGUGUUGGCAGAUGUGCCACUGCUACCCCUGGCUUCAAUGCAGAACCCCAACUUGAGGAGGCAGUUGACGAGAACUUUCCUCAACUUGUCAUACAAAAUGCACGUGACAAGAUAUUGGGGGACCGGUCGUUACAGGAGAAGCUGGCUGAAAACAUCAACAAAAUCUUGGCCAGUGAUCCAAUGCCUCAAACAUCAAAGACCUCUUCAAGUACAGUGGAGGCAGAUCAGUCUAUAGAUGAAAUCCUUGGAUUACAGGGAGAAAUCCAUAUGAGUGAUGAUGCAAUCCAUGACAUUUUGGAGCAAACAGAGUCUGACCCAGCUUUUCAGGCCCUCUAUGACCUCUUCGACUACAAUAAAACCAGAUUCACUGAUGGAGAACCAGGGGAUGUUAGUAGUAGUCCAGAAGAGAGUGACGCUGUCGGACCUUCAUCUGCAGUAAGACCCCUUCAGAGUGAGGAUCCAGGAUCUGCACACAAAGAUGCUAAUACUUCAGAUACAACACUAGUGACUGUGAAGAUGAGAGCUGGCCAAGAACGCAAGACCAGAAAAUCUACUGCUCCAACCUUGUUAAAGAAAACGGUGCUUGGCCCCAGUGGCAGAGUGUCCAGAAUUGAAAACAGUUCAGCCAGAUUGUUAGUGAGUCAUGGGGAGCACCAAGUUCCAAUGGAUUCAAGCAGAAAAGUAAAAGCCCCACUCUUGACUAGCAGUGUUUUUGAAACACCAAUGGAUAUUGAUGAACCCCUGAAUACACCACCCCCACCUUCAGACAGCAUGUCCUCUCUAGAGCCUGCCUCAAAGGACGUCACCUCCACAACAACUGCUCUCAGUGACUCAACCGCUGUUGGUGCUGCUGCGUUUGGUGUGACAGAAGCAACAUCAGCCUCUAAUGUUGACAAAAAACACGAGUGUAAAAAAGCACAAGGAUCUAAAGAGCAAACUGCUACAGCUCAGAGUAAUCAGCCUGUUUUUUUGUCUCCUUUACGAGCGGAACUGAACAAGGCUCCAAUACUGACUGCUGACCUACCUCAAAACUCUGUUUCAGGCAAUGGAGGAGAGCAGCCUGUGUUUACCCUCUUAGUAACACCUGAAUCUGUCUCUUCCACAUCUGUUCCCACUGCUGCACCCACAGCAACAUCUGGCUCACCUUUGUCUGCCUCUACCUCUGCAACACUUACUGCUACACCUGCCUCAUCCACACCUGCCUCACCUGCACCCUCCACCUUUUGUGUUCCAGUUGGUGCAGCACCUGAUCCUCCAAGCACCAACGACACCUCUCCAAGCAAGCCUGCAGCUGAUCCCAAUGUAGUUUCUUUAAAAAUCAUCAUCAGCGAUAACCAAGAUGAAGAUUCUUCCAGUGAUCAAGCAUUGACUCAGGCAAUUUCUAGCAUUUCUGGAGACAAGAUUCCCACCAUUUAUCUUUCCUCUCCAGCUAAGUCCCCUGGAGGCCCUGGCACUCCAAAGGUCAAUUUGGAUGAGGCAGCGCAGGCAGUCAGUGGCUUACAGAGCUCUGAGGUACAUGCUAGUCCUUUCUGCAGUAAGGCUGGGGCUUUAGUGGCGUCUCCAUUAACAGGGACAUCACAGGUCCCGCAAAACUAUAUAAUUCAACUACCCCUGGACACCAGUACCCCUGCCCUCCAAGGAGCCACUGCCAGCUAUUUCCUUGUGACAGAAUCCCCCACUACAGAUGCCCAAACCAAACAGGUGCUACUGUCUGCUGGUGUCUCAAAGGGACAGCCUUUGCCCAUCAACCAGUAUGGGGUGACCACACCAACUAGUGCUCAAGGCUACUCCACAGGGUCAGCACUCAUCUUACCAUCUCCUGUUAAGCCUGUGAUGCUUCCUGUUUCUGUUAUGGGCCAGAAUACUGUGGGGAAAGUCCAGAUGAUGUCCAAUCAGCUUGUUGCCAUCCCAAAUACAGUACCAGUACAGCAACCAGAAACUGUCAAGCCCAAAUCUCCCACUGUGGCAAUCAAAUGGUCUACAGCUGCUGGCACUGAGCAACAUCUCGUUGGUAAGUUGGUUCAACCUAUGUCCGGUGAAAACUCAAGCCAGCAGGAUACAGCAAAGGGUCCUAGACACAGGAGAAUUUUAUGUUUUGAUUCUUCUGCAGACAUUCAGCCACAAACUGCUCAAACAACAAGAACCACCUUACCUACACCUACAAAUACAUCUACAUCACGAUCUACCCAGCAGACUGAGAAAGAUGAUAUGCAGAUGGUCACUCGGACAAAGCCUGCUAUCUUGGGUGGGAACAAGCCCCGGAGGAGGAUCCAGACUGUCAAAUGCUCAGUAGAUCCCCAGGCUGACAGAAGCUUUGUGAAGGAGUCAGAGAAGCCUGGGCCUCCACAACAGUACCUGAAAGAUCCUGUGAAAAAGAACUCUCGGAAACAAGAUCAUAGUAUCCAUAGCAAAGGGUCUCAUAGUGCAAGUACAAGAAUGGGUGAUGAGACUUUGAAUAAGUCAGAAUCAGAAAGGAGAUCAAAACCUAUUGACAGGAAGCCCAGUCAUGAUAAGGAUGGUGACGGAGCAAACACUAAGGAUUCUCAUAGUUCUCAAUCAUCGUCCUCUGCCUCUGCACUUAAAGUAGGAACUAGCAACGAGAAAGAGGAGAGUAGCAAGAAAGAACCUGCAGAAAAAGCUCCUUCCAAAUCACGUGAAGGACGUACAGAAAAGAGGACCCCCCCUCAGGAAGUACCAAAUGUGACAGCAAACAAGGAAAAUGAAAUUAAAGGUAGCAUGCAAGAGCAGCAGCAGUCAGCGCCUUCUUCCUCAGCAUCAAGAGACUUCAGCCCUCCAGCUGUCACGCAACCAACAUCUAAUCCUCAGUCCAAGGCUACAAAAGCCCCCUCAAAGACCAGCUCUUUGGCCAAACAGGCAGCUGAGAUGCUGCAUGACAUCCAGGGACUUGGUUCUCCUUCCACACCAGUCAAGAGACCUGUAGCAGGCAGUUCAGACCUUAGCCUUCCCAGGACCCCUGCGAAUGGUUGUAACCAGGAGGAAUCCACUGACGGCUCCCGGACUCCUUCCCGACAGAAGAAGAGUAAAGAUGGAGAGGGGACUCCCAAGCAUCUGAUACCUCCCAACACCCCAGAUGUCCCCACCUGCAGUCCAGCCAGCGAGGCUGGCAGUGAAAACAGCAUAAACAUGGCCGCUCACACACUCAUGAUUCUUUCUCGUGCUGCCAUUGCCAGGACAGGCACUCCUCUGAAGGACAGUUUGCGUCAGGAGGGAGUAGGAGAAAAGACACCUGCAAGCUCCAAGAACUCUAAGAAACGCAAACUGUCUCCUCCCACAGCCAGCCCACCUGCAAAGAAAGACCGAGAAAGAAAGAAACUUAUUGAUUGCUUUCCCCAUGACUUGGAUGUGGAUAAGUUCUUGUCUUCACUUCACUACGAUGAGUGAAACCGGACACGGCAACAGAAAAGGACUCUCAUAUGUAUCACUACCUGCUUACGUUAUUAUCCAGGAAUAGAGCAAGCCAUCUGCUAAACUAGUGCCUAUGGUUCCUUAUUCGUAACCUUGCCUGAGACCUUAUAAGCUGCAAUGUCUCCCUCAGCUAAUUAGGGACUUUAAUUUGAUUGUCUAGUUUCCAGUGUGGGUAAUCUGCAUAAAACCUUUUAAAUGCAGCAGCAGUAGGGUAACCAUGGCAUUUUUGUUAUAUUCUUCAUUUUUUUAUUCUCAUCCUCACAUUAAUAAUCCUUGUUUUGUCCCCCAACAAAACCAACAGAAAUUUUUGGGAGGCACGUAAUGGGUGCGUGUUGUUAAAAUGGGUGACUCGGUGCAUUUCCUUGGUCAAUAUUUGACUCUAGUUUGAUAACCCCAGCUAACAUUGACUGACAGGUUGGCGUGUGUAAAAAUGUGUUUGGUAUAUAUCGCUACCAGAUAUUUUACUAACACCGAAUGACAAACUCACUGUCUGAAGUCUGGUAAAUUGAAAAUAAAGAAAAGUAAUGUGAA